GCGAACGGUCUAGAUUCGCAAACGGUCUGGCUCGCGUUCCCAUACUGUCUGACAGUUUGCGAAUCGUCUAGCCCGUAUAAGAAUUCGUAAAUGGUCUAGCCCAUUCGCGAACGGUCUGGAUUGGCAUUUGAUCCGUAUCAUUAGCUCUCUCAAAUCACGUGAUAUAAGUCACGUGACUCAUCGACUUGAUUGAUAUCGUUUCCUGCGUAGUUCUUGCACAUUUUUUCUGUUGCUUCGCGGGAUGUACGGUUUCAAGAAGCGUCAGAAAAGAAACUUUCGUAAGAAGAUUGAUGAAACUAAUGAUAUCAAUGUGUCUGUUGAGGAGCCAGAGGAUGGUCCCCCUAGUUCAUCGCUCCCGAGGUCUGUUCACAAACAUUUUGGAAAAAGCAAAGUCAAUGGAACUAAAGCGAAGUCAGUAGUUAGCUUUGCUGAUGAUGAAGAAGAGGGUAGUGAAGUGUUCCAGGUGAAGAAAUCAGCAGAAAGCCGACGAUUGGUCCGUCAAGUUGUGAAGGAAAAGAAAAAGAGAGAAAAAAUGAAAUCAGAAGUAAACACACAGAUUUCUGUUGCAGGCGAAUAUACAGCAGAAAAAAUCGCGGCCUUAAAGGCGGAAUCAUUUGGAGAGCGAAUGAGUGCUACAGAAAUUGACCUGGUUAGAAGUCGGUCUGGUGAUAUUCCAGAUGCUGCCACUAUCCAUGCUGCUAGGAAAAAACGGGAAUUAGCACGUCAACUUGGAGCUGAUUUUUUACCUUUAGAUGAUACACAGCGACUUUCAAGUAGAGAAACAAGAUCACGACUUGUUCGUGAGGAUGACAAUGAUGUGAGUGAUGAGGAACCAGGUGAUUCUACUCAGAUGAAGUUUUCAAGUGUUAAGCCUAGUGAAGUAAUGAGGAAAAAGGAGCUUGCAAUGAAAGAUGCAUUAAAUGAAGAUGAGUGUGAAGAUGAGGAAUUGAAGCGCUGGGAACAAGAGCAGAUCAAGAAAGGCGUGACAACACAGCAGCUUGCAUUAUUUCAGAGCCAAGAACAAGCUUAUGCAAGUGGAUUCCAUUUGUACGCCCAGACUGAACAGAUUGAUUAUUCUACCAACACACCACCGUAUUCUCGUUUUCCCUAUGGAGUUGCUACUACCACACCAAUGCCCAUGACAGUACCGUUUGUCACUGAAGACACAGUAGUUGAUAUUAAUGAUAUUAUAACUCGGUUACAAACAAAUGUGAGCUGUCUAAAAGAAGUUAAUUGUCAGCAUCAUAUGCAGGCAGGGAGACACGGAGAGGAUGGAAGGAUAGCAGAGGAGAAUGCAGGGCAGUUGGAGAAGAGGUCGGCUGAUGUGGCAUGGAAAUACACAUUCUACCAAGAUAUGAGAGGUUAUGUCAGAGAUUUGUUAGCGUGCUUACAUGAGAAGGUGAAAGUUAUUAGUCAGGUUGAAACAUUGUAUCAUGAGUUAUUAAAGAAACGCAGUGAAAGGCUUGUGGAAAGGAGAAGGCAGGAUGUCACUGAUCAGUCAUUGCAAUUUGAUUCUUCAAAUAUGUCAAGUGGUGUUGAUGAGUUUGGCCGUGAUCGAUCUUCCAACAGGCAGACUCUUAGGCAACGUCGACUGGUUGAUAGAGAUGCAAGAAGUAGGCGUAGAAGAGAUAAACGAGAAAGAGAACGGGAUAACAGUAUAAAAGAAGCAGAGCAUCAUGAUGGUAUGUCAACAGAUGAUGAAGAGACAGAGUCAGCCAUUCAAUGGUUCAAAGGAGAGACUGGUAAAGUGAUGCAACAGGCUGCAGAAGUUUUCGAAGAUGUUCGCAAUGAGUUCAGUUCACUUGAGAUCAUUAAGGAGCGAUUUGAAAAAUGGAAAUUUACACAUCCAGCUUCAUAUUCUCAAGCCUACAUGGGCCUUUGCCUUCCAAAACUUUUUACUCCUUUUGUACGAUUACAGAUGUUGGACUGGCAUCCAGUAGAAUCUGAUGAAAAGGAUUUUGAACAAAUGGAAUGGUUUGAAACAUUGACCUUGUUUGGUUAUGAUGCAGAGUCUUGUGAAAUACAUAAAGAUGACGAUGAUAUCAAUAUUGUUCCGCGAGUUGUGGAGAAGGCAUUGGUACCAAAACUGGCAUAUCUGUUGGAUCACGUGUGGGAUCCUAUGUCGAGACAACAGUCUAAACGCGUUUUCAAGUUUGUGAAGAAACUGACAGAUGAAUAUCCAACUAUUGCCAAAGAUAGCAAGCCAAUGCAGGAUUUAUUGAAGAUUGUGAUAGGGAGGUUGAGAAAUGCAGUUGAAAGUGAUGUUUUUCUACCUUUGUAUCCUAAAAGAAAUUUGGCGCUCUACGGAAAUUUGUGCAGGGGAACGUGCAUUGUCCAUGACAGAGCGUCUGUGUCGGACGAAGCGACUGUCUUCUUAGUUGAAAACAAAGCAUCAGGUGCUUUUGCAUUUGUUGAACGUCAGUUCUGGUCGUGUGUCAAGUUGCUAGGCAAUAUCAGCUUGUGGCAUGGUCUCGUCCCAGACUCUACUCUGUAUGACCUUUGCUGUGAUAGUCUUCUGAAUAGAUCUCUUGUUCUAAGUUUGCAGCACACAGUUUGUAAACAUGCGGACGUUAUUUACAAGUGCGAGAGGACUGUGUCAGCUCUACCCAGCCAAUGGUUUGAAGGAAUGAUGGGAAAUAAGACAAUAAAGUCAUUAGAGACUUUCUGCUGGUUUCUUGGAAAGUUGGCUGUUGAUGUUAAAAAAGCAGAGGAGAAUGGUGGGGACUCUGGCCGAAAGAAAACAAAGGAGCUACUAAGACAAAUCGCAGUGUUGCUAUCUUAUCUACAUGCAGUUGAGAGUGCUGAGAAGCUUGUUGAAAAAUACAGACUAACACCAAUCGGGAGAAUGUAGUGAUUGCAGUACACUAGCAACUUCAAACGUGUACAUACGUAGUUAUGGAUAGACAUGUUUGUUCAGUUAGUAGCACAAAGCCGGAGCCGUACGUGUCACGUGAGCCGAUC